CUCACUGACACCAGAGGAUUAAAAGUGAGUUUAUUUUAGAUCUUUGAGCUUCGGAGCAUUUCAGAUGCAGCAAAACCCUUUAUUUCCCUCUCCUGAGGUUGUACACUCCCUUUUAAAGCGUGCUAUGCCACGCCUUCCUGCCGCUCAGGCAUUUGAUGCUGUGAGGAUGUCUGCUGUUCCAGGGUAGAUGAGCUCUGGUGGAUCCCUGCAGCAACACACUGCUGACCCCUGCAUGGCUGAGGAUGCAUCGGUUUCCUCCUUACUACCCUCUUCUUUUUUCAUCCAGCGCUUCAAAUGCAAAACUGAACUCUUCUUCUACUUGAUCCUGUGUGUUGCCAAAAUGCCAUUCAUACCACCUGUGUCGAUUGUACGCUCUGUGUCAGGAUUGACCGGGAAGGAGAGACCUUUCAACAGCACUUCAUCUACAACUGCUGUGGCCGAGACGAAGGUCCAAAGAGAAGACAAAGGCAGCUCAGUGAAGCAGCGGCUGGCUUCGAACCUCAAGCAGCUGGGGAAGAAGAGCCAACCCAGGAGUCAUCUGCCAACUGCCAAAGGAGUGUCAGGGACAGAGCUGCUUGCAAAGAGAAGGGACCGAUUGUUGCCUUCAUCACAAUCGGGCAGCUUCGCUGCUUGCAGCUCGGGCGAGUCCCUGUCUAAAACACAGCAGCACAAAAAUGCAAGCCAGAGCUCUCUAAAGAGUGAACCAGAGGUGAAGACGAGGGCCAGGCAUCAGGAGGAGGCCCGUUUCACACUGACUCUCACACCUGAGGCUGUUCUGCUCCUGCAAAAGAGGAACAGUGAGAGACGACAUUCAGCGUCUAGACAUGCUGGAAGCGGAGGUGGUGUUUCUGGAAGCACCUCGGACUCCAGACGCAGGAGGGAAAGUAUCUCUAAAAGGCAUCAACCAGCAACACAGAGACGCAGCGCUCCAAACAACAGAGUUGCUGCUCAAACCAACAGUGACGCUGAACUCUUAGACAUAAGCUCAAUUGUGAAAAUCUCACUUCUAAACGAGCAACAUAAGUAUGAUGAUGUGGAGUAUGAGGAAGAGGAGGACUAUGGUGUGGAUGAGCGUGUGGUGCUGAAAUGUACAGAGUGGCUCCGUGGGUUGGAAAACACACCAGUAACAGUGAGAAACAGCCUGACUAAGAGUGCAAGCUCUGUGAAAAGUUUCUAGAGGUGAAACGCUUAAUUGAGGUGUUAUCUUGUCCAAUCUGAGAUUGAACUGCAGUUCCUGUUUGUGUUGGAUAGUUGCAAUUUGAAGAUGUGCUUGUGUUAUGUAUCCCCUGGUACUCUGUGUUUGUCUUGUGAAUGCAUCUAGGAUCAGUAUGAAAACUAUGAUUUUUCUGAGCCCAGUCCUGCUAAGAUAUUCAUCCAUUGUGACAGUGUUAAAGUUUUUAUGAAACUGACAGGGAAUUUUGGCAUGUUCAUGAAAUGUUCUGUUCCCGCUGUUUCAUUUGAUCCAUCUUCAGUCAGAGGGGAAGUAAAACUUAAGGCAUUCAUAUUUGCUCUGCACAUUUGAACACCUUUUUGAACUAACCAUAUUUUGCCAAUAGAUCACAUCUUAAAACUUAAAUUUGAGUGUCACAACUUAUUGGUUUAUUAGUAGAGGUACACUUCAAAGUCAUUAUGCGCACAAUGCACUGCAGGUGCAAGGAACAAUUAAAAUGUCUUACAACUGACUUUGUAAGAAACAUUUAUACUUAAUUCUCUUUUUCAAAAUAGUCAGAAUUUUGGAGGAAAUGUGUGUAAAAUGAUGCACAAAACAUCUAAAAUAUUUCCAUUUAAUGCAGAAGUGCAGCCAUAAAAAUCAGAGUCUUGGUUUGAAUAUUUCACUCAGUGUAAAUCAAGAUUUUUGAUGAUGGUAGAUAAAUGAUUUGAAUAUAUGUAAUAUUGUCAGAGUAGAAUAAGAUGAUUUCCAACCUUAAAGCUAGGGAAACCAAAAGGUUAAUUUUUGUAAGCUUUUCAUGUGUGAAUCUUAUUCUAUGCACUGUAAUCAAGUUGUACUACAUGCAUCUAAUGAGUUUACAUCUAUGUUUAGUUAAUUCUAUCAGUAUAAUAUCUAUGUAAAACUUGCAUAAAGUUUAAAACAGAGAUUCCACAUAGUAGAUUCUGUACUGUAGCUAAAGUUGUCUCACUCACUGUAAGUAGCUUUGUAAGGACUUAAGAUGUUGGCUUGGCUGUUGCUGUGCAUUCCCUCGUGCACAGACCAGGUGUGCUUAGCGGCAGCUUAUCCACCUGGGAUUCAAAUGUUACAACACGUGUGUUUGUUUAUGUUUAAGAGCGUGAGUCAGUGAGUGAGAGAGAGAUUACUUGUGUAAUGUUAUAUAAUACUUUGCACCUGAUGUGAUUAUUUAAGUUUUCAAAAUCAAACAUCUAAAACAAUAACUUCCCAGUAAUAUGUUAAUUUCCCUCAAAUGAUGUUCUGUGUUUCAUUUGAGGUCUGUUAAAUAAAUAAGAUACA